AUGAGCUUUGAGAGUCUUGCACGCGAAUGCGGUAUUGAUUUUGGAGACUAUGGAAAUUCGUACGACGACUCUGGAGUCGCAUUUCCUGCACCUUCAGCUCAUUCCGAAUAUGACGAGUAUCCCAACGAUGUUGACGAGCUUCUGGACCAGAUUGAAAAUUCGUCUCCUUCACCUCCUGAGCGUAGAAAUGUGAUCAGAUCUCAAACCUUCUACAACUUCAGUCAGCAGCCUCCUCAUCAAGACCAUCCAGAUAAUGUUCAAUACGACGAAAUCACACAGUUUCAAGAUCAGCCUUAUUAUGAACACCAGGAUCAGAGCUUUCACAAUUAUCCUCAGAGUCAACGACAGCCGUUUCCGGCCGCGAUUACUGGACCCUCAGGCGUGCGCAUCUCUGACCUCAAUCGACACGAGUCUACCACAAAUCAUUUUGCCUUUAGAGAAUCAUCCCGUACAGCUCCGAUCCAGCAUACGCGUUAUCAACCCAGGCCCUCUAUGCCUGGACAAGUCUUCCUCGACGAUCCUCAAUUGUACAAGGAAGAUGUCCAUACUAGAGGAUCAAAUCCACGUAAUGCUCACGGUAUCCGUCUGCGUCCUGUCUCUGAGCUCCCCGAUGUUUACCGAGGAAUGUUCAAAUUCGGAGUUUUCAAUGCUGUGCAGUCGCAUUGUUUUGACAGCGUCAUGCACACCGAUGAAAGUAUGGUCAUCAGCGCUCCGACAGGAAGCGGAAAGACCGUUCUUUUUGAGCUCGCGAUCGUUAGAAUGCUCAUGCGGGUCGGAGGUAAUAGCGGAACAUCGAAGUGCAUCUACGUAGCACCCACGAAGGCACUCUGUUCGGAGAAAUGUAGGGAUUGGACGACAAAGUUUCAAGCUUUAGGUAUCAAAUGCUGUGAGUUGACAGGUGAUACGGUAGUUUUUGGCAAGGGUGCAUGGGGAAAUGCGAAGGAUGCUGACGUGAUAAUUACGACGGGUGAAAAGUGGGAUAGUUUGACUCGCCAUUGGCGUGACUACGGACAGAUACUCUCCCAAAUUCAACUUUUCCUUGUCGAUGAGGUGCACAUCCUCAACGAGUCUCGUGGAAGUACCCUCGAAGUCAUAAUCUCACGUAUGAAGACCCGUGGAUCGUCAGUCCGAUUCAUCGUGGUUUCUGCUACAGUUCCAAACAUCGAGGAUGUCGCCAGUUGGAUCGGGAACGGGCUGCCCGGCGGAUCAGCCGCUAUCAAGCAGUUUGGAGAAGAAUUUCGGCCUUGCAAAUUGACGAAGAUAGUCCACGCGUACUCAAAGAAGAAAGACCUGAACGAUUUCGCGUUCCAACGCAUGCUAGAUAUGAAAUUAUACAGUAUCCUAGAACAGCAUUCCGUUGACAAACCGAUGCUGGUUUUUGGUACUACCCGAAAGGGCGUGGUGAUUACGGCAGAGCAGAUGUUGAAAUGUUACGAAGAAGCGAUGAAGAAGAGAGCGAAAUUGCCCUGGACGAAGCCGUCAAGCGUUGAUCGAACUUUUCAUGACAAAAAGCUCGAAAGUGGGUUGAACUCCAAUUCAACGCUCGAGUUCCACCUAAUGAAUCAUCUAGAGCUCGCAUCCUUCGGCAUCGGAGUUCAUCAUGCUGGCAUGAAUAUGGAUGACCGUCGCCUUACUGAGGAUCUCUAUGUCAAGAAGAUAUUGCGUAUCCUGUUCGCAACUUCGACGUUGGCUGUCGGAGUCAAUCUGCCUGCGCAUACCGUUAUCAUCAAGGGUGUCAAAUUAUUCCAGAACAACAGUAUGCAGGAAUAUUCCGACCUUGACAUUAUGCAGAUGAUGGGGCGCGCAGGUCGUCCGCAAUUCGACAAAGAAGGUGUCGCCAUCAUUAUGUGCGAAACGGAGCUAGAGGGAAAGUAUAAAGCCCUUGUCCAGGGCCAGAUGUUACUGGAGAGCUGCCUUCACCACAACUUGUCGGAGCAUAUCAACUCUGAAAUCGGACUCGGGACCAUCACCGACCUCGACAGCGCUAAGAAAUGGCUGCACAACUCCUUCCUGUUUCAGAGGAUACAAAAGAACCCGAGACACUAUGCUAUUGGAAAGGACGGGGCUCAGACUUGGCAGGAGAGGAUUGGCGAAAUGGUCACGCAGAGCAUUACGGACCUACAAGACAACAAUCUUGUAUCUCGGCCUGAAGACGGUGACCAUCAGCUCAGUUCUACUGAGUUUGGCGACAUCAUGAGCAAGUUCUACAUUCGGCAAUCUACGAUGAGUAUGAUACUCAAGCUUUCGGAUCGAGCGACCAUGAAGGAGAUACUUGAGACGAUCUCAAAUGCAGAAGAGUUCUCGGACAUCAAACUCCGUGGCGGAGAAAAGCAGAUCUACAACAAGAUGCGCGAACACAACGACAUCCGCUUCCAGAUCAAGAAGGUCGAGAAGCCAGCCGACAAAGUGUUCAUGCUAAUACAGGCGGUGCUUGGUGGUCUAAGCCUUUCUGAUAAUGAGUAUAAAAAUGGCGACAAUAAUCCAACGUUGGAGGCAGUUUCCGUCUUUCGUCAUAUUGCACGCAUUGCGAAAGCUGUGGUCGAAGUAGCUAUCAUAAGGAGGGCAGGCGCUGAGCUCAAGAACAGCCUUGAAACACUUCGUUGCUUAACCGCGAAAGCUUGGGAAGAUCGGCCUGUGGUAUUGCGGCAGAUCGAACAGAUCGGAGAGAAAUCACUGAAGGUUUUGGCCGAGUAUAAUAUCGGCUCUUUCGACGUAUUACGGAAACAGGACCCCAUGAGGCUAGAAGCGUUGCUGAAUCGCCGACCACCCUUCGGACACGAAAUUCUUGCCCAUGUUAACAGCCUCCCUCAAUACACGCUUAGCAUCACCGAGUUGUCUGUCACUAGAGGAGGGGGUUCCAAACCCGUGGAGGUGGAGUUAUCGAUAGACGUUGGGCUUGUCGAAGAGGGUAUCUCACUGAAGUCGAAGAAGAGCAAGGGAAAGUCAGCUGAUUCAACGGUUGUGCUCACCUUGACGUCCGACAAUGACUUUAUCGAUUUUCGCCGUGUUCCCACUAAAUUACUGAAGAACUCGAAGACAUUCACAGUUUCGGCAGAGCUAGUGAAGCCAAGUCAAUCUAUUAUUGUGCAAAUGGCUUCGACGAAUAUUGCUGGUGUGUCGCUUUCGAAGGCAUACAGACCGACCCUUGAGGCGAAGUAUUAUCCUACAAUGAAUACUCGUCCUCAGAACGCUGUGGACCUAAUGCUCGAGGGGCUCGAAGACGAUCCGGACUUUUGGAACAUGGGUCCAAACGAUGAAGACAUUCCCAUGAAAGACUUGACGCAACACCGAAGUCUGUACAUGGACUAUCAAAUGCAGCACUACCAACUGACGACUGCUACAGAAUCAGAAGACGCUGUCCAGAGGGGGAACACCCGCAAAACACCUUUGAGGCCAGAGAAAGCAGAGUCAAGAGGUGCAGCUGUUCCCUCCACAGUACAGCUCGGAUUCAAGCGAUUGUCCAACGGAAACUUCGAAUGUAAUCACGCGUGCAAAGACAAGACCAAGUGUCGGCAUAUGUGCUGCCGAGAUGGUGUCGAGAAGCCUCCUCCGAUGUCAAAGAAACGUAUAGAGGCUCUGUGCGCCUCUGAAGAGUCCACGGUGCAGUCAUGCGAGCAUCCGAAGACAGGCUCAGUACACGAAGUGGAGGAUGAAGACGUUGUAAAGCCGAAGGCCAAGCAGAAACCGAAGGUUCGACCUUGCGAUAAACCGGAUGCCCGACUCCAGCAGUUAGACUCCUUGCACGAACAAACUAAUGUCAAAGAGAACUUAAAGCUACCUGAGGGGCGACGGAUCAAGCUUGAUAGCCAGUGCUCUACGGAUAUCAGGGACAAGGGAAAGCGUAGAGCAAAGCCUAACUUCGAUCUGGAAUUUUCUUGCCUGCAUGACGAAGCGGCUGCUAGAUUGGAUAUCACUGAACUUACUGAUGACUCUGACGACGAUCUCCCCGAUGCUCGGGAUAUUCUUGAUGGUUAUUCGACGCACUUGAAGAGGCAGAAACAGCCUCCAUCGGAUCCUUCGGAGACGAACUACUCGAAUUCAGAAGUCGACGCUCUCGUCCGUGCUGUCCCUGUGUCUGCUCCAGAUGCGCCCAUUGAGCUAGAGGACUUGUAUACCACUUCCGUGCACCAUGAUCCUGGCGUCUCAAAUGCCUUUCAGCUUCCUUCCUCCAGCCGGAAGAGGAAGCACCAGACGGACACCAUCCCCUCUCAGUCGAAGCGCUCCAGGAUGUUGGAUGGACGCAAAAUGACUUCCUUCCAUACAACCUUGCCCGUCUCGACCUCGAAGGAUCUUCCGGAUCUGCGGGAGGGGAAGGAAAAUCAAACGGAAAACCAAGGGCCGCUGUUCACAGAACUCUCGUCUGAUAACGAAGGAGACCACAUAGACCAGACCGGGAAGAGCACUCCACCAGACUGGCCAAUAGCAUUCUCACAUCACUCUUUCACAGACCAAGAUGACUUCGUGCUAAAUCCUGACCUCAUCAAUAUUACCCCAGCCUCACCUACUCCGGCCAUGUCUACGUCGACUCCGAACAUCGACAAUACUACCUCUUUCGGCAGUCAACUUCCCCUCACAGCAUCCACAUCCCAGCUGCCACAGUCCCGUGAAAGUGGUCAGAACGAGUCGCAUACCCAGGAGCGUGCAAACUGGUCGGACGAAGAUGAAGAGAUAGAACGGGCAAACGCCGCGUACCAGAAGGAGUUGGACGACCUGGACGAGUGGUUCCAAAGCGGCGCGAUUAAGAUCGUAGACACGAUGCCCUAA